GAGGAAAUCUCGCGAGAGGUCUUCCAGCGAGCAAAAAAAAUAACAAGUAGUGACUCCUUCACACUCCUGACCGAGCGCCUUCCAAUUGCUUCACCAAUCACCGAUCCCAGCAUCGAGAACCAUCCGUGAGCCAUGGGAAACAUUUUUGGGAAUCUGUUAAAGAGCCUUAUAGGAAAGAAGGAGAUGAGGAUCCUGAUGGUGGGUCUGGAUGCGGCGGGAAAAACCACCAUCCUGUACAAGCUCAAGCUGGGGGAAAUAGUCACCACCAUCCCAACGAUCGGCUUUAACGUGGAGACGGUGGAGUACAAGAACAUCAGCUUCACUGUGUGGGAUGUGGGUGGGCAGGACAAGAUCCGUCCCCUCUGGAGACACUACUUUCAAAACACACAGGGUUUAAUCUUCGUGGUGGACAGUAAUGACAGAGAGCGCGUCAACGAGGCGAGAGAGGAGCUGAUGAGGAUGCUGGCUGAGGAUGAACUCAGAGAUGCGGUGCUUCUUGUGUUUGCGAAUAAACAGGACUUGCCCAACGCCAUGAACGCCGCCGAAAUCACGGACAAGUUGGGCCUCCACUCCCUGCGCCACCGCAACUGGUACAUCCAGGCCACCUGCGCCACCAGCGGCGACGGCCUCUACGAGGGCUUGGACUGGCUGGCUAAUCAGCUGAAGAACAAGAAGUAGGAGGAUCGCCGCCACCGUUCCGGCGUUCUCUUUGGUUAUUGGGGACUGAGGGCGAGGGAGGGAAGGAUUCUUAAUUGUCUGAGCCCAGUUUCAACCACACACACACACAGACGCACAUACACGCACACACACCCACACACACACACACACACACACACACUUGUGUAUUUCUUACCUUCUUGAGACCUCCGAAAAAUGCCGACCUCUUUAAGACCACCAUUUCUAGAUAUACAAAGAUUUGUACUUACAACAUUAAUAAUAUAUACAAACUAUGCAAAUAUAAAAAAAGGUAAGCUUUUAUUUACAUUUUUUUAUUUUUUUUGUGAUUGGUGUUUAAUCUUCAUUAUUUACUUCAAGUUAUUACAGUAUGUCUGUAUAUAAAUAUUAUUUUUUAAAUUUUUUUUUAUUAAUUCUGGCCAGAGGGAGCGCAUUUUAAUUUCUUACACACACUUGUUAUUUCAUAAGUUGACCAGAGGGGGAGCACUUCAAAUUUUUACACACACUUGCUAUUUCAUAUGUUGACCAGAGGGGGAGCACUUCAAAUUUUUACACACACUUGUUAUUUAAUAUGUUGACUGUAGGGGGAGCACUUCAAAUUUUUACACACACUUGUUAUUUCAUAUGUUGACCAGAGGGGGAGCAUUUAAAUUUUUACACACACUUUUUAUUUCAUAUGUUGACCAGAGGGGGAGCACUUCAAAUUUUUACACACACUUGUUAUUUCAUUUGUUGACCGGACGGGGAGCACUUGAAAUUUUUACACACACUUGCUAUUUCAUAUGUUGACCAGAGGGGGGAGCACUUCAAAUUUUUACACACACUUGUUAUUUCAUAUGUCGACCAGAGGGGGAGCACUUCAAAUUUUUACACACACUUGUUAUUUCAUAUGUUGACCAGAGGGGGAGCACUUCAAAUUUUUACACACACUUGUUAUUUCAUAUGUUGACCAGAGGGGGAGCACUUUUAAAAACGACGCACAGUCAAUUUAAAAAAAACAACAACUCCUUUUUGGGACCAAACUAAUUUUGAUAGCUUUCACUUCUAGGGGUGCAAAAGGUAAGCUUUUAUUUACAUUUUUUUUUUUGUGAUUGGUGUUUAAUCUUCAUUAUUUACUUCAAGUUAUUACAGUAUGUCUCUAUAUAACUAUUUUUUAUUGUUUUAUUUUUUUAUUAAUUCAGGCCAGAGGGAGCGCAUUUUAAUUUCUUACACACACUUGUUAUUUCAUAUGUUAACCAGAGGGGGAGCACCUUCAAAUUUUUACACACACUUGCUAUUUCAAAUGUUGACCAGAGGGGGAGCACUUCAAAUUUUUACACACACUUGCUAUUUCAUAUGUUGACCAGAGGGGGAGCACUUCAAAUUUUUACACACACUUGUUAUUUCUUAUGUUGACCAAAGGAGCGCUUCAAAUUUUUACACACACUUGUUAUUUCAUAUGUUGACCAGAGGGGGAGCACUUCAAAUUUUUACACACACUUGUUAUUUCAUAUGUUGACCAGAGGGGGAGCACUUUUAAAAACGACGCACAGUCAAUUUAAAAAAACAAAACUCCUUUUUGGGACCAAACUAAUUUUGAUAGCUUUCACCUCCAGGGGUGCAAAAGGUAAGCUUUUAUUAACAUUUUUUUUUUUGUGAUUGGUGUUUAAUCUUCAUUAUUUACUUCAAGUUAUUACAGUAUGUCUCCAUAUAAUAUUUGUUUUUUUAAUUUUUUUAUUAAUUCGGGCCAGAGGGAGCGCAUUUUAAUUUCUUACACACACUUGUUAUUUCAUAUGUUGACCAGAGGGGGAGCACUUCAAAUUUUUACACGCACUUGUUAUUUCAUAUGUUGACCGGAGGGGGAGCACUUCAAAUUUUUACACACACUUGUUAUUUCAUAUGUUGACCAGAGGGGGGAGCACUUCAAAUUUUGACACACACUUGUUAUUUCAUAUGUUGACCAGAGGGGGAGCACUUCAAAUUUUUACACACACUUGUUAUUUCAUAUGUUGACCAGAUGGGGAGCACUUUUAAAAACGACGCACAGUCAAUUUAAAAAAACAACAACUCCUUUUUGGGACCAAACUAAUUUUGAUAGCUUUCACCUCCAGGGGUGCAAAAGGUAAGCUUUUAUUUACAUUUUUUUUUUUUGUGAUUGGUGUUUAAUCUUCAUUAUUUACUUCAAGUUAUUACAGUAUGUCUCUAUAUAAAUAUUUUUUUUUUAUUUUUUUUUUAUUAAUUCGGGCCAGAGGGAGCGCAUUUUAAUUUCUUACACACACUUGUUAUUUCAUAUGUUGACCAGAGGUGGAGCACUUCAAAUUUUUACACACACUUGCUAUUUCAAAUGUUGACUAGAGGGGGAGCACUUCAAAUUUUUACACACACUUGUUAUUUCAUAUGUUGACCAGAGGGGGAGCACUUCAAAUUUUUUACACACACUUGUUAUUUCAUAUGUUGACCAGAGGGGCAGCACUUCACAUUUUUACACACACUUGUUAUUUCAUAUGUUGACCAGAGGGGGAGCACUUCAAACUUUUACACACACUUGUUAUUUCAUAUGUUGACCGGAGGGGGAGCACUUCAAAUUUUUACACACACUUGUUAUUUCAUAUGUUGACCAGAGGGGGGAGCACUUCAAAUUUUUACACACACUUGUUAUUUCAUAUGUCGACCAGAGGGGGAGCACUUCAAAUUUUUACACACACUUGUUAUUUCAUAUGUUGACCAGAGGGGGAGCACUUCAAAUUUUUACACACACUUGUUAUUUCAUAUGUUGACCAGAUGGGGAGCACUUUUAAAAACGAGGCACAGUCAAUUUAAAAAAAAAAAAACUCCUUUUUGGGACCAAACUAAUUUUGAUAGCUUUCACCUCUAGGGGUGCAAAAGGUAAGCUUUUAUUUACAUUUUUUUUUUGUGAUUGGUGUUUAAUCUUCAUUAUUUACUUCAAGUUAUUACAGUACGUUUCUAUAUAAAUAUUUUUUAUUGUUUUAUUUUUUUAUUAAUUCUGGCCAGAGGGAGCGCAUUUUAAUUCCUUACACACACUUGUUAUUUCAUAUGUUAACCAGAGGGGGAGCACUUCAAAUUUUUACACACACUUGUUAUUUCAUAUGUUGACCAGAGGGGGAGCACUUCAAAUGUUUACACACACUUGUUAUUUCAUAUGUUGACCAGAGGGGGGACACUUCAAAUUUUUACACACACUUGUUAUUUCAUAUGUUGACCAGAGGGGGAGCACUUCAAAUUUUUACACACACUUGUUAUUUCAAAUGUUGACCAGAGGGGGAGCACUUCAAAUUUUUACACACACUUGUUAUUUCAUAUGUUGACCAGAGGGGGAGCACUUCAAAUUUUUACACACACUUGUUAUUUCAUAUGUUGACCAAAUUGGGAGCACUUUUAAAAACGAGGCACAGUCAAUUUGAAAAAAAACAACAACUCCUUUUUGGGACCAAACUAAUUUUGAUAGCUUUCACCACCAGGGGUGCAAAUGAGAUCACUAUUUUUUUUUUUUUUUUUGUAAUGUGUAAAAGGCCGAUGACAAACGAGUCACGGACCACAGACGUCCCCUGUGCCGCACUUUGGGCAACCCAGCUGUAAAAGCUAACUGUUAAUGGCCACUAUAUUCUUAGUACUGUAGUGCAGUGGUUCUCAAAUGGGGGAACCCUAGGGGUACUUGAAGGUAUGCCAAGGGGUACCUGAAAUUUUUGAAAAAUAUUCUAAAAAUAGCAACAAUUUAAAAAAAUGACAUAAAUAUAUUUAUUGGAUAAUACUUCAACAAAAUAUGAAUGUAAGUUCAUAAACUGUGAAAAAAAAUACAACAAUGCAAUAUUCAGUGUUGACAGUUAGAUUUUUUUUGUGGACAUCUUCCAUAAAUAGUGAAGUGAAGUGAAUCAUAUUUAUAUAGCGCUUUUCUCUAGUGACUCAAAGCGCUUUAUAUAGAGAAACCCAAUAUCUAAGUUACAUUUAAACCAGUGUGGGUGGCACUGGGAGCAGGUGGGUAAAGUGUCUUGCCCAAGGACACAACGGCAGUGACUAGGAUGGCGGAAGCGGGAAUCAAACCUGCAGCCCUCAAGUUGCUGGCACGGCCACUCUACCAACCGAGCUAUGCCGCCUCCAAAUAUUGACGUUAAAGAUUAUUUUUUUUUGUGAAGAAAUGUUCAGAAUGAGGUGGCGACUUGUCCAGGGUGUACCCCGCCUUCCGCCCGAUUGUAGCUGAGAUAGGCGCCAGCGCCCCCCGCAACCCCGGAAGGGAAUAAGCGGUAGGAAAUGGAUGGAUGGGAUGGAAUCCAGAUGGAUCUCUGUUACAAUCCCCAAAGAGGGCUUUUUAAGUUCUAUGUGUAGAAAUCUUUAUUUAUAAUUGAAUCCCUUGUUUAUUUUUCAACAAGUUUUUAGUUAUUUUUGUAUCAUUUUUUUCCAAAUAGUUCAAGAAAAACCACUAGAAAUUAGCAAUAUUUUGCACUGUUAUACAAUACAUCACAAACUGAUGACAUAGUGCUGUAUUUUACUUCUUUAUCUCUUUUUUUUCAACCAAAAAGGCUUUGCUCUGAUUAGGGGGUACUUGAAUUAAAAAAAAAUUUCACAGGUUGUACAUCACGGAAAAAAAGUUGAGAACUACUGUAGUAGUCUAUUUAAUCAUAUCGGACACGGGUUGUCAGUUGUCAAAUCCGCGUUUUUUUCCCCCCGGGGAUGAAUAGGGAAGUCAUUCUUUAGCUGCCGUCUUCUUUUUAUCAUAUAUUUCCUGCCUUUGCACCUGUCAAAGUUUACUUUUGUAUGCACAUUAAAUCAACCAAAAAUCCUGACUUUGGAGCAAUGUUCACAGACUCUAGUAUUUUGGCUCUCUAUUAGAUGCAAUGGUUCUUCGUAUUGGGACCAUGAUUUCGGUCCUAACUUGUUCAUAUGGACGGUACUUUUCCUUGCUAAUGUCUCAAGAAGGGUAGAAAUACAAGAACACACACACUCAGACACACACACACACACACACACAUGAAGAUCUUAAGCAAUCACACUGACUUGUGUCCACCUCUCGUCUUUACGACCGGUGUACUUUCUGUAUGUUUGUCACUUCACCUGACUGAGGCGUUUCGUCCCGUUCUUGACAUCAACGCUUUUUGUCCGUCACCACGGCGACCGUGUUUUGUUUUCCUCACUUUUGUGUGUGUGUGUGUGUGUCAGCAGCCUCUUGAACUCUUGUGUUUACCGAAUGUCGAUUAUCGUCCGUGGCUGUGAGUAUAUUUAUUUGAGGCGAAGAAAAGCAGGGUAACGCUAAUAUCGAUAGGACCGAUACCAGCAGUUGGUGCCAUACAGGAACUAUUUAUGCUUAAGUGUAUCUAUUCUACUUUAUGUGACAUCAUCAGUUUGGGUUUCGUGGCCUUAUACAGGAUUGUUGAUUUUGCUUCUAAAUAUUUGUAAUAUUUGCAAACACUGAAAUAGGAUUUGUGCUGCUCUAUGUUUCUGCCCGUAUACUUGAGCCAGGACUUUUUUUUUGUUUUUCCCGGAAAAAAAACGUAUCAUGUCAGUACGGCGAAUAAGUGAAAAAAACGAAAACUUAUUCACUCUGUAUCGUAGAUGAACAUUUCCAUAGAGACGCCGAUAAAUAAAUCAAUUUUCUGUAUGA